CUCUGCAACACACGCAAGACUUUUAGAACCAUGAAGUGAAACGAGUCGACGCAAUGACGCAGACGCAGAAGCAUGCGCUGGCCUUUAGUGUCGAGGCAGAAGCUUUGCUCCAAGACAAAAGACGCCGCGUGUUUGCAACUAUACGUCGAUUAGCAGUCCGCAUCAUCAAGUAACACAUUUCCCCGCGAGUCCUUUGCCCGGUGAACCGUCAUGGGCCCCGGUGCUGCUGUGGCGCUGGUGUUUGUCGGCUGCUGCAGCAAUGUGGUGUCUCUCGAGCUGCUUGUGAGGUCAGUGACAAAUACAAUCGUAAAGGCGAGGGCCCUAAAACAAAGUAGCGACUACGCUCUCAACUUCAACAUCGCCAUGCCGUUUCACAUGAUCUUCAGAUCAGGAUCGCUAAUCGCAAACAUGAUCCUGGGAUUAAUCAUCCUGAAGAAAAGGUAUUCAGCAAGUAAAUAUCUGUCGAUAGCUUUAGUUUCAGCAGGUAUCUUCAACUGCACCAUCAUGUCUGCCAAACAAGUGUCCAGAGUGCCGUCUUGUAAACAACUAGCUGAAGAACACAGCUUUUGCUGUUCCUCAGCCUUCCUCAGCCUCAUCUUCUCCAUCAUGUACUUCCAGAACCCGUUCACCGGGUGGCACUGGGUGGGCACGGGGGUGGUGUUCUUGGGCACCCUGCUGUACACGGAGGUGUGGGGCAGCGUGCGGGCGGCUCUCCGUGGACCCCAUGUCAAGGAGAAGAAGGCGGAUUAAAGCGAAAGAAGAAGAAAGGACUGAGUCAGACGCCGCGUUGGACUUUGAGAUUGUUAUUGGUCGACAAUCCAGCAGUGAUUUUAUACAAUAAUGUAAUUUUGUUUCUGCCGUUGUAAACCUGCCCCUUUCUCUCUCUCUCUCUCUCUCACACUCACACUCACACACACACACACACACCGGUUUACAAAAUAAGGCUGGUGACCUUUUUUCUAUUUUCUUUGUAUUACUUUGUAUUUAAGACAACAGACCCGCUGGUCAACACAGUGAAACAUUUAGCAGCUAAAGAUACAAAUAAUGGUUUAUUGAGACCUAAAACUGAGCAAAUAUUUAUUCUACAUGUUAUGCAGUGAGUUAUGCAACUCAUAAUUACUUUAUAAUCAUUCAAAAUACCCUCAAAAGGGUUUUGAAAGUGUCUCUGUCCGCUCGUGAGAGCUUUGAUGAAGCAGCGAACAAAUAUUCACAACGUUCGGUGCAGAAGCAAAGUCUCCAUCCUCGGAUAAACAGCUAGCGCCUUUAAUGUUGUUGUUUGCGCUGUUAGCGGCGUUGGCUUCUAGCCACCAUGUUGAGAACUGUGUGGAGGCGAUCCUCUGGAUUUUGGGCAUUGAACUUUAGUUUCUGAUCGUACACGAACAGAAGGAGAAUAAUCUUCGAAAAUAAUUAGUUGCACCCUUAAUGUAAUGUGUCACCAUCCCUAUUCUAUUCCUAACUUUAGUACCUCAUUAGCAUUCACACAUGGAAAUACAUCCUCUUACGAUAUAAAUGUCUAAGGAGCUGAUUCAGGAAAAUUUAAAGAAUAUACUGAGGGGAUAAUAUAUGGAGAUGUCACUGCUGUAUUUCUUUUUACUCAUUUGUCAAACUGACUGAUGUAUCAGGGCAUCAUUUAAGCAAUGAAAAAGUCACAUUGUACAGGCCAAUACUUCUUUACACUCCCUGCCCACUGAAAUUAAAACGACAACUUGACUACA